AUGAAGCACUUACACAGCCUCUCGCUGGCUUGUCUUGUCGGCCUGGCCGCCUUUUCGACCGCCGCGGACAUUUCCUACGUGACUGACCUCGAAAUCUUUACAUACCUGGCGCCAUGUGUGUCCAGCGCUAUCUCGUACAAUGUCGCGAUGCAGACUUACUCGACCAUGUGCGGCGACUCGGAGACUGAGCUGCAGAAGUGCAUCUGCUCCACCAGAUUCAACCAGGUCGCGUCUUCCAUCUCGAGCGACGUCACGUAUAGCUGCGGUUCGAGCGCAAGCGAUGAUCUUUCGAGCGCGUCCAAGUUGAUGGACAAGUACUGUCACCAAGACAAGGACAUCACAUUCUUUUCUCCGACGACCAAUGUUGUUGAGGCGUACAUCACCGAUCUCCCAGAGCUGGCUUACUUGCCGCCAUGUGCGCAGUCAGGAAUCUCAUAUGCUGUUGUUGGAGUGGCUGCAUAUCGAUGCCCUGAAGCGGCCGAGUUGAAUGCGCCUUGCGUCUGCAACAAGAAGGACGUGGUUCACGACAUAACCGAAACACUCAAGAGCUCAGUCAAGUACUCUUGCUCCAAUAACCAGGAUGUCACCUCGGCGCAAAACUUUUACAGCGAAUUUUGCGCCAUGAACGACGGCACCACAUCCUUUGCAACUCCAAAGGGUCCUCCUGGAGAUAUGUCUUACUACAUCACCGCUUUGCCUCAGUAUCAGUCCCUCAACAAGUGCGCCCAGAGCGGUAUCGAGUCUGUUGUCUUGGGGCAAAGCUCUUGGCUAUGCGGCGAAGGACCUCAGGAACUCGCCUCGUGUGUGUGUAUCAAAAGCGGCAUGUCCAAGAUCAUCUCGAGCAGUCUGACCGAGCUAGUCAAGGGCUACUGCGACAGCACGAAUAUCGGCAACGUGACCUCGGCUGUUGAUGUUUUCAGGUACUACUGCAGUGCGGCUGAGAGUCUGGUUGUCGCCACUGUUGGUGAAUCCAUUCAUCAAUCGUACCCGACUGCGAGCUCCGGAGCUGGUGCUGGCGCUGGUGCGACUGGUCCUGUUCGGACGGGUUCAGGACAUGCGACUUUAACUGGCAGCGAUGGUCUUCCUGAAGAAACCGGUUCUUCGGGUUCGAGCGGCGAUGGUGACAGUGCAGGAAACGACAAGAACAAGGACGAAUCAGGAGGGACGAACAUCAUACCGAUCGCGGGAGGAAUUGCUGGCGCCGUGGUCGUCGCCGCCAUCGGUGUUGGCCUGUUCAUGUUCAUCCGACGAAGACGACAACGUGAGGCUCGAGGGGUAGAGAUCUCGAACGCUGGCGAUGGUCGUGGUGAUGGUCCUCCAGAAUACACCGGCCAGCCAGAACUCAUGGGCAACAGCGAGUACAUCAAGGGCCACUACGCACCACCGGCCGUGUCUGAGCUCUCAUCAACAUCCUCCCCAAAACCAGAGCUCUACGGAGGAAAGCCGGUCGUUGAACUCCCCCCUAACCACGCACCAACCCCUGAGUUACAGUCUCAUCCCGCCAAGGUACCCUACGGCCAUGCAUCACCACAAGCCAAGUACGUCUCGCCAAUGACACCCCAGAACCCCCAACAAACCGGUUGGGGGGGCCAGCCCGUGUACGAAUUUCCCUCGAACCCAGCACCGACGUAUAACCCGCAGUCAAACAUGGGAUUUCAGUCUGGACCCGUGGAGUCGUAUGAGCUGGACUCGAAUGUAGGACGAUGGGCAAAGUAG